AGAAUGGCAUCUCUGAAGCUUCUUUGCCGUGAGCUUUUGCUUCUUCUAAUAGUUAGAUUUUUCUUUCUUUUUUCUUUUUUUUUCCUCUGCUGCUGCUGCUGCGGCGAAUGAAUGUUUAGUUGUAAGUUGCCAGCAGUUCUAACCUCGCUGCAGAAUGUCAGACUUGACUAGCCUUGCUCUGGGCUUCAACAAGUGUUUCUUCUGUUCUCUCUCAAAUUCUCUCUCUUUCAUCUCUUUGCUUCUUCCAUCCGUUCUUCUUCUCCCUCAUCUCAUGCCCUUAUACCAUUAGCCUUUCCUUCUAGCGUUUUUACCAAAUACCAAGUCUCUACAGUCUCUUGCCACCAUUGGUUGCUUCACCAUGUUGCUGAGGUUUUCUUCUUGGUGUAGUACCUACAUUCAGACAGUGUGAUCAAACAAUUACUUAUUAAACUUUGGCUUCGUUUCAUUCGAUUCGGAAUACUCGCUCUGCUCAACUGUGGAAAACAACAAAACAAGUGAAGUGCCAAAGUGAGACCUUUUUGGGGAAAAAACAAACAAACAAACAAACAACUGUUGUUUAGGGUUAGGUUAAACAUCCAUUUUGCGGUGAUGUCACACAAUUUAUCUACAACCCUGCAUCAAGUGGAGAUGAAAAUCUCAAUAUCACGCUGAAUCAAACUGACCCACUUUCUUUCGGGAAACAACGUGAAAGGAUAGUUUGGUUAAUAGGGGAAUUUCUUUUUUGUUUGGUUCGCAGUGUGUACAUCGUCAAUAGACUUGCGAAAAUUCAGGUGUUGGGUUGUUGGUGAUGCAAUAGUUGAAGGAGUAUAAAACAAUUAGCGACUCAUCAGUGUAUCUUUGAUAAUGGGGGCCGGUCAGGGCCGAUUUCCUGAUCCUAACAGAUUGAAUGGGACGGCCUUUUUACUUCGUGACGCCUCGGAUGCAAGUUUGAGUACGGCGUGUAGUUUGGAUUUGUCUAUUUCAGCAGCCGCCUCGUCCGUCGGUCUUCCUGAACUUUCAGAACCGAUUGGUGGUGAACUCGACGAGGAACCCAACCACCAACUGCACAACGAACGUUUGCGAGGCAGGAGCCCGCCGCCGCACCAUUUGCCUCCCCCUCCGCCGCCACCGCCAACCCUAAGUGGACGAAACCACGAACUUCGCUUAUUCAGCGGCAGCAAUUUUUCGCCUUUGCAUGCCCAGUUACACGGCCAGACUUCCUUGCAUAAUCGGUCCUCAUCUCCAGCACACGAUUUGGGCUACCAUACCUUAGUGGCACGUUCGCCUGCUUGGUCGUCUCCUGCAGACUUGGCCGAUUUAACACUCACUCCUUCUCCCAGGGCCGAGUAUUGCCGAAAGACAUCGUACACAUCGUCGAGUAGUUCUUCUCAGCAACGUGAUCCGUUCACUCAGAUUCAGUCCAACAACAGCUGCCUCAGACCGCAGUUGCCGCCCACUCCUACAUCUGCAAGUAUCUCGGCCGACACGGACUCCACCGAGGUCCUGUUGGCUGCGUGCAAGGGUAAGAGGUGGGUGUCACCCGCCCUUGGCCAGCAGCAUGGUGCCAGUUUCAAGUUUUCCUAUUUUGAACGACUGACGGACGACGUCGUGUUGCGAGUUUUCUCCUUCUUGUCGUCGACACAUUUGGCCCUCUGCAGUCGUGUCUGCCGGCGUUGGCACGUCUUGGCCUGGGAUCCUCAACUGUGGUCGUCUAUUUAUUUAUCGGGAGAAAAUUUGCCCACCGAUCGAGCACUCAAGAGCAUUACGCGAGUGUUGGGUCGAGCUUCCCCGCCAUUUUGCCCAGCAGUGGAACGUGUCGUGAUAAACAGCUGCACUCGUCUGACGGAUCGAGGCUUACAAACUCUCAGCCGCCGUUGCCCCGAGCUGCGACACGUCGAAUUGCGAGGCUGCGUUCAACUAACCGAUGUCGGUGUUCUCGAACUUGUUUCGAAAUGUGUUCACCUAAGUCACCUGGACGUCAGUGGGUGUUCUCAGAUUACGUGUAUUGACGCCGGACCUCGAUCCAAUGGGAAUAAUGGCGACCGUUACAAGAGUGACCUGAGUUCCAGUUCGCGACCGCAAUUAUAUUUGCAGUUGCAAUACAUUGACUUGACGGAUUGCGUUAGUUUGGAGGACACUGGCAUCCAGAUGAUUGUGCGGAGCUGUGCUCAGCUCACUUGCAUCUAUCUUCGCCGAUGUGUUCAUAUUACUGAUCUGGGAGUGAAAUACUUGGCAAGUUACUGCACCGCUUUAAGAGAACUCAGCAUAUCAGACUGCGUACAAGUGACGGACUUUGGGAUGUACGAGUUGGCGCGCUUGGGUCCAAAUUUGAGAUACUUAUCAGUGGCCAAAUGUGACCAGAUUUCUGACGCCGGUAUCAAACAAAUUGGACGUCAUUGUUACAAGCUACGAUAUCUUAACCUCCGUGGCUGUGAAGCUGUCAGCGAUGAUUCGUUGGAAGUUUUAGCGCGUACCUGCUCCCGUCUUAGAGCUCUGGAUCUUGGCAAGUGCGACAUUACCGACAGAGGUCUUCGCCUGCUGGCUGAGCACUGUCCAAAUCUGAAAAAGCUCAGCGUUAAGAGUUGUGAACUUGUGACUGACGAAGGAGUGAGGUCGAUUGCCUACUAUUGCCGUGGUCUGAGGCAACUUAACAUUCAAGAUUGUCUCAUCACAGUCGAAGGAUAUCGAGCAGUUAAAAAGUUUUGUCGCAAAUGUAUCAUAGAGCAUACCAAUCCGGGAUUUUUUUGAAUUCCCAAUUUGUCGCCUUCGUCGUCGGACUAUCUCCUACUGUAAUUUAAAUGCGCUUGUAGAAAACCGUGCCUAUUACUUUAGAGGAAUAUAUGUUAAAACGUGCUUUACAAGGUUGGUUUCGUGCCUAACAAAGUGACUAUCCCCAUGUAAAUGUGUAUUAUUGUUGAACAGAUUUAGAGGAAUGUGUUUUGCUGAAAGCAAAAUAAAUAUUCUGGAAAUAUCCAUUUUGUUAGAUGGAUUACAUCAUUGUUAAUUAUUCUAAAUUACAUGUUAUCCCUUUCUUAUAUUCCCAACUUAUUCCUUAUACAUUUUCGAUGUAUCAAAUACACAUUUUUUUGCAAUGAAA